GCAGCGCCUCCGGCCAUCGCCCCCUGCCGCGCCCCGCCGGCACCGCAGCAACGGCGGCCCCCACGGCGCCCGCGUGAGCCCGACGCCGACCGCGGCUGCCGUGGAGUCUGGAUAAGAGCUGUCAGGAGGGCUUUCUAGCCAGUUUGAGGCUGAGUGAUAGCAAUCUUGAACCACAGUUUUAGAGGAGUGGCACCAAAAGGCCUGUUGUUAACACUGAGUGCUUUACAGGACAAGUAGCACUCCCUGCUUCCUCAGCUGCCUGAAAAUCAAGUCAUAGAUACUGACCUUCAAUCCAAAUAAGUUGGCCUGUUGUGUUGUAGGCUGUGCAGAGGCACAGGGACAGCAUAAAGCAAUUCCUUUGAACUUCGGAUUGCCGAAUUCAUGACCUCACUCCCAGCAGCAAGGAAACCAAGAAGCUGUCCCACAGCUUUCUCAGGGAGGAAAAAUGCCAGCUUCUCUGAGAAAACUGCAGCAAAUGGCUGUUUUCAUGGGACUGUUCAGCGGCGGGGGAUGCAUCGUGAUGUAUAAUCUUAUGCAAAAAAGUUUUGCCAGGACCCAGUAUUACCAGCAAGCUUUGGAGCAGCUGAACAGCAAUCCUGAUGCCCUGGCAGCCCUGGGUGCCCCCCCUCUUAAGGUUCACAACAUCCGCCUGACAGAUGGGAGCAAUCGCGUGGACACAGAAAGAGCGCGGAUAAAGUUACCGGUCUCUGGAACAAAAUCGGCGGGCUACCUCUACAUUGACUCGGAGAUGGACCACUCCCGUCAGUGCUGGUGCCUUCAGGAUGUCACCUUGAAACUGCGGGAUGGGCAGAAUAUUCCCAUUUACCACUCUCCAGUGGGAAGCAUUGGUGUGCAAGAAGGCUAAAAAUCAGGGACAGCUGCAUCUCCGCCUCCCAUUGAGCCAAAGGAGCCAUUAAUCGAUUGCAUCCUGCUGUGGCUGUGAAUGUACACAGUUGUUAAAAGUGACAGUUUCACUUAAGCGGGUGCUCUCAAGACAAUUUUCUCUCUAAGAUUUACCUCAUUAUUGUUGUAAUUGUAAUUUCUUUCUUUUGCUGGCUUAUUUAUGUGUUUAACAGAAGCCUAAAAUAAAUACCUUGCAAAA